UUUUUUUUGGUUGUUUUCAUUUCAAGGUAACAUGAGUCAUGAGAAAAUUUAUGGAAAUACCAUGACGGAUUUUUUUACCGUGCGUCACUGGCGGAGUGGCGGUGGCGUAAUCGAGCUAAAUCCCAACUCGAGCACUUCUUUUCUUCGACCCGAACAAAUGUCGGACAAUCCGCUGCAGCAUCUCUCCCAGGCCUUCCAGCGCUUCACGCGCUGCGUUCAAACUCAAGUUUCCAAUCUGAUGCCCCAACCUCAAAGCCAUCCGCCUUUCGUAUCCGCUUCUUCUUCGUCAGCAUCUUCAAUAAAAGUGGUUCCAUCAAAUGUAGAUGUCGCCUUCGUCCAGCCCAUGGAUGCGUUCAUCAAGCAGAACAAAGCUCCCGUGACUAAAGAAGACCUUGGAAGAGCUACCUGGACUUUUCUUCAUACACUUGCUGCUCAGUAUCCUGAAAAUCCAACUCGACGACAAAAGAAGGAUGUGAAAGAGCUGAUGGCAAUAUUAUCUCGGAUGUACCCCUGCAAGGAAUGUGCAGAUCACUUCAAGGAAGUUCUGAGAUCAAAUCCUGUACUGGCCGACUCUCAAGGUGACUUCUCCCGGUGGAUGUGUCAUGUACAUAAUGUUGUCAACAGAAGCCUUGGUAAGCCAGUUUUCGUUUGUGAGCGUGUUGAUGCACGGUGGGGCAAGCUUGACUGCGAGCAAAGGACGUGUGAUCUUCACGGGACAACACCACAUUUUGGAAGAGACUACUAGCGCACGAUUCGUGCUAUCAUGUGUUCAUCAAUCCAUAUUGCCUUGCAUAACUUGAAACAUAUAGGUAUAUCUUCGUAGUUGGUGACGGGUCAGUAGACUAGUCGGGAUGGCAUCAUCAAAUUGAUACAUAUGUAAGUCUUGCAGUACAUCAGCUACAGCUAGCUUAGCUACAUGGGUCGUCAACUAGCGGAUGAUUUCUUCGGCAGUCAUAGUACUGCAGAAUGAUGAGGGAAACAAGUUUGUUGCCUGAGUAGAAAGAUUAUACCAAGGUUUAUGUCCUGAAAGAAACUAGGUACUUUGCUACUAGCCCCAUGUAAUCAUUCGGCCACUGUGUUUGUAACUAGAUCAUAAUAAUGCAUAUCCAACACGAUUUUCAGAACCGUAGCAGACAAAAGUAAAACCCGACACUCCACAUAUCAAAAGAAAGGGAAAACAACAGAAGACUUGGCAAGCAAGGUGAAGAUCAACUCGUCCCAGAAGAAGUUGUUCACUCUGUGGCAGGAACGCCUCCCGGGAUGAAUGGAGGAGCCUCGCCGAACUUCAAGAUGUAAGCUGUUUCAUGCACAUGCCUCAGCUGCUCUAUUGCCGUUGCAUCUAGAUACGCAUCACACGCGAAACACCACACCGAUAGGUCACUGCAUUCUGAGAGCCACACAAUGGUUGGUCUGCUGCUGGUAGUGUUGCAGCAUGUGCUUGUUCACAAAACGGCUGCACAGGACUUCCUUGCAGGACAGGCACAGCCAGUUCUCCUUUGGAUGCUCGAACCUGGAGCAAAAGGAAGCGGGACUGGGAAUGUGAGUGAGAUCAGGGGAGAGUGAAGCAGCCAGGUGAUUGCAGGACUUUCGGGCCUCCACCCAACCCGACUCGGCUCCGUAGUAUAGUAGCGCCUGAUCAUCUUCUUCCCCCGAUUGGGCAAACGAAGAAGAAGCAACGGACGCAGGUAUAUCUCGACUCGCCAUUUACAGAAGGCUCAGAUUGGGAAAUGGUCGACCUUUCCUUUCUUAUUAACGGCGCCCGAUCAGUCUCUGCACGCUGCUUUGGGAUUCAGGCGCGGUUUGUAGAACGAGGGGUCAGAGGUAUACA